GCGCUGACAUCACGGGGAGGUGGCGCGGGAGGGAGAGCGGGGAGACUGCGGAGGGACUGGGAGCUGCUGCGGGAGGGGGCUCCAGGCGAGCGCGGCGGAGGCAGCGCCCGGCGGGACGCGGCCCCGGCACCCGCGGAGCCUCGGAGCCCCCGGAUCCCCCGGACCCCGCACACCGCCGCCGUCCCGGGAACAGCCCCACCGCCGCCACCGCCGCCACCAUGGGCUCCGAGCGCGACUCCGAGUCUCCCCGCUCCUCCUCCAUCCACUCGGCCGCCGCCAAGUGCCCGAAGCCCGGCCGCCGCCGCCGCCUCUCCUUCCAGAGCGUCUUCUCCGCCGCCGCCGCCUCCGCCGCCGGCAGCCGCCGCCGCGCCAAGGCCGAGCCGCCACCGCCUGCCGCCGCCCCGCCGCCUCCCCCGCCGCCCCCCGCCGCUCCACCGGCCCCACCGCCGCCUCCCCCCCCGCCGCCGCCCCCUCCUCCUCCUCCUCCUCCUCCUCCUCAGCCCCCCGAGGAGCCCCCCGCGGUGUGCGCGGAGGGGAGCGGCGAGGAGGAGCUGGAGUGCCCGCUGUGCCUGGUGCGGCAGCCGGCGGAGAACGCGCCGCGGCUGCUGUCGUGCCCGCACCGCUCGUGCGGGGCCUGCCUGCGGCAGUACCUGCGGAUCGAGAUCACCGAGUCCCGGGUCAACAUCUGCUGCCCCGAGUGCAGCGAGCGCCUCAACCCCGCCGACAUCCGCCGCCUGCUCCGCGACUCCCCCCACCUCGUCGCCAAGUACGAGGAGUUCAUGCUGCGCCGCUGCCUCGCCGCCGACCCCGACUGCCGCUGGUGCCCGGCCCCCGACUGCGGCUACGCGGUUAUUGCCUACGGCUGCGCCAGCUGCCCCAAGCUGACCUGCGAGAGGGACGGCUGCCAGACGGAGUUCUGCUAUCACUGCAAGCAGAUAUGGCACCCCAACCAGACCUGCGACAUGGCCCGCCAGCAACGGGCGCAGACGCUCCGCGUACGGACCAAGCACACGUCGGGCCUCAGCUACGGGCAGGAGUCCGGGCCGGCGGACGACAUCAAGCCGUGCCCGCGCUGCAGCGCCUACAUCAUCAAGAUGAACGACGGGAGCUGCAACCAUAUGACCUGCGCCGUGUGCGGCUGCGAGUUCUGCUGGCUCUGCAUGAAGGAGAUCUCGGACCUGCAUUACCUCAGCCCCUCUGGCUGCACAUUCUGGGGCAAAAAGCCAUGGAGUCGUAAAAAGAAGAUUCUCUGGCAGCUGGGCACGCUGAUCGGCGCUCCUGUAGGCAUUUCCCUCAUUGCUGGCAUCGCCAUUCCUGCUAUGGUCAUCGGCAUCCCCGUGUACGUCGGGAGGAAGAUCCACAGCAGGUAUGAGGGAAAGAAAACGUCUAAGCACAAGAGGAAUUUGGCCAUUACCGGUGGGGUCACGCUGUCUGUCAUCGCCUCUCCGGUCAUCGCUGCUGUCAGUGUUGGUAUCGGAGUCCCCAUCAUGCUGGCUUACGUCUACGGCGUGGUGCCGAUCUCGCUGUGCCGCGGUGGGGGCUGCGGAGUCAGCACCGCCAACGGGAAGGGCGUGAAGAUAGAGUUUGAUGAAGAUGAGGGACCCAUCACAGUGGCUGAUGCUUGGCGAGCCCUGAAGAACCCCAGCAUCGGUGAAAGCAGCAUCGAGGGGCUGACCAGCGUGCUCAGCACCAGCGGGAGCCCCACGGAUGGGCUCAGCGUGAUGCAGGGCAACUACAGCGAGACAGCCAGCUUCGCUGCCCUCUCGGGGGGUACCCUGAGCGGCGGUGUCCUCUCGGGAGGCAAGGGCAAGUACAGCAGGCUGGAAGUGCAGGCAGACGUCCAGAAAGAGAUUUUCCCCAAGGACUCGGUCAGCUUGGGGGCAAUCAGUGACAACGCCAGCACUCGGGCCAUGGCUGGUUCCAUCAUCAGCUCCUACAACCCCCAGGACAGGGAGUGCAAUAACAUGGAGAUCCAGGUGGACAUCGAAGCCAAGCCCAGUCACUACCAGCUGGCCAGCGGCAGCAGCACGGAGGACUCUCUGCACGUCCACACCCAAAUGGCAGAGAAUGAGGAAGAAGAGGAGGAGGAGGAGGAAGAGGACGGUGAGCAGGAGCAGAUGUGCAAACACCAAAGCUGUGAGCAAAAGGACUGCAUUGCCAGCAAAACCUGGGACAUCACCCUGGCCCAGCCUGAGAGCAUACGGAGCGACCUGGAGAGCUCCGACAGCCAGUCGGACGACGUGCCAGACAUUACCUCGGACGAGUGCGACUCCCCCCACUCUCAGACUGCAGCCGCCUGCCCGCAGACCCCCAAAGCUAGAGGUGCCGAGAGCCCAAGUGCCCACCUGAGCCACUGUGCCCAAGCCGAGGGGUGCAGGCUGGACGAAAUAGUCAAACUGGAGUGCAUCGAAGCCAGAGUAUGAAGUGGCCUCCUGCUGAAAAGCACACUCGCUGUCAUUGCAUCUUUUGGGGCAGGGUUGUGUCCGUGUUGGCUUCUGUUUGCAAUUCUUCAGCUGGCUCCCUGGCCUCGCCUCAGGGAGUCGUCGUUUCUUACGUGACAAAAAAAAAAGAAAAGGAAAAAAAAAAAAACACAACAAUCCCCCACCCUCUUUUUGUUUUAAUUUAUUGGUUCAGGCUCUGUGAGGUGUGUAAGAGUGUAAAUAUGUAUGUGUCUGUAUGUCUGCAACCAUCCUAAAGGACUAUUUGAAUAAAGACUCUGGAUGUCAUUCGA